GGACUGAAAUCGAUUGAAGAGCCAGAGCUCAGGAAGGUCUCGUUCAACGGCAGCGGGGACGACUAGAGAGAAUGUACAUUUAUCAUUCAGGUGUAUAGUUGAAGAAUAGUAGACUGUUACAGUGAUGGAUGUGAGAGAUGCUGCAGGAAGGUGGGAUGCUCUGGUCAGUCGAGACUUGAGCUCCAGACAGGCAGCGAUGGAGCUCAUUCACCAGGAGGUGAUGAAGAGAAUAGAGACCAUGGGGCCGAUACCAAACCCGCAGUCCUCCUCUCCCCCAGCCAUGGGUGACAGUCUGUCCAGUGAUCUCAACGCUCUCCUGGCUCAUGUCCUGAUGCUCUCCAAACGGUGUCCUUAUGAAGAUGUCAGGGAGAAAUGCAUAUGUUUGCUCCAGAAAGUUCAGGACGUUGGAGUGCGAAUCCCCAGACCGAUGGGAAAUGGACCAAGUAGAUUCAUACCAGAGAAAGAGGUUCACCUCAUCUUUAUUGCCCUGUUGUCCCAGAUACUUCAAGUCAGUAAAUUGAAUGAAAGAACACAGUCGAUUUUUGAGGACGCUUUCGCAGUGCUCGGUCGCCUUGACAACAUCUCCUUGGUGAUGGGGUUCCAUCCUCAGUAUUUGGAGAGCUUUCUUAAGACACAGCAUUACCUGCUUCAGAUGGACGGUCCAUUGUCUCUGCACUGCAGACAUUACAUAGGGAUAAUGGCUGCUGCUAGGCACCAGUGCACGUAUCUGGUCAACCUGCACGUGAAUGACUUCCUGCAGGUCGGAGGUGAUUCCAAGUGGUUGAAUGGUCUGGAAGAAGCCCCACAGAAGCUGCAGGCUCUUGGAGAGCUCAAUAAGAUCCUGGCCCAUCGCCCCUGGCUGCUCACCAAAGAACAUAUUGAGCGUCUACUGAAGGCUGAGGAGCACAGCUGGUCCCUGGCCGAGCUGAUCCAUGUUGUGGUGCUACUCACACUCUAUCACUCUCUGGCCUCCUUUACGUUUGGUUGUGGCAUCAACCCCAACAUCCACACAGAUGGAGGACAUACGUUCAGGCCGCCCUCGCUCAGCGGUUACUGCGUUUGUGACAUUGCCAAUGGCAACAGUGCCCUGGAGGAAAUGUUUGGGAACCAGCAGGUGUCCGAGUUCUCUGGUGAGGUUGAAGUGCUGAUGGAGAAAAUGAAGCAGCUCCAGGAAUGUCAUGACGAAGAGGAAGCCAGUCAGGAGGAAAUGGCCACUCGUUUUGAGAGGGAAAAAACAGAGAGCAUGCUGGUAGUCACCUCUGAGGAUGAGGAGUGUGUACCAUCCAGAGAUGUUUCACGACAUUUUGAAGACCUUAGUUACGGCUACAAAGACUUCUCCAGGAGAGGAGAACAUGUACCCACUCUCAGAGUGCAGGACUAUAGUUGGGAAGAUCAUGGCUUUUCCCUGGUGAAUCGGCUGUAUCCGGAUUUUGGACAGCUUCUAGAUGAACAGUUCCAGAUCGCAUACAAUCUGACGUACAACACAAUGGCGACACACCAGGGUGUGGACACUUCCAUGCUUCGUCGAGCCAUCUGGAACUACAUCCACUGCAUGUUCGGGAUUCGGUACGAUGAUUAUGAUUAUGGAGAAAUUAACCAACUGUUAGACCGCAGUUUUAAAGUCUACAUCAAAACUAUGGUGCGCACUCCAGAGAAGAUCACCAAGAGGAUGUAUGACAGCUUCUGGAGGCAGUUCCAGCACUCUGAGAAAGUCCACGUUAAUUUGCUUCUUAUGGAAGCGCGCAUGCAGGCAGAACUGCUCUACGCUCUGAGAGCUAUCACUCGCUACAUGACAUGAAGUACUGUUCGUCUUAUCUUUUUAUAAAAUUUUUUUACUGUCGUUGACGUUGGACACUUCAAUAAACGUAAAAAUGACAAAAAAAAAUGAAAAAAAAACAAAACUGAGGAAGAAGAACAACAGGUGGCUGCGGAGGAUGAUGACAAGGUUGUUUUGUUUAAAAGAAGGGAAAAAAAACAACUGUCAACUGAACCUACUUGUUGAAAUCACUUGUGUGGCUGCUCAGCCUGCAGUGCCAAAACUGGCCACUGGGGGGGGGGCUCUGAGAAGAAUCCCUCUAGUGUGUAAGAGGACAAGCUGAGACUGCCAGCUUCUGGAGGCCAGACCUCCUUUAGUAUUUCAAAUGCAUCUGCGAUAAGAUGCCAUAUAAUCAUAUCUUCUUUAUGUGAGAUGAGAUUAAAAAACAAAAACACAAAUAGCAACUCCAGCACCAGUGCAGAAAGACUGCACUGACAAUACUAUCUACUAGUGUUUUUUUUUCCUUAUCGUUUUAUAUUGGGUUUUUUUUUUCCAGCAGUGGCUAGAGAUAGAAGCAUUACUG